AUGGGCUGGCUGGGCGGGCGGCGCCGGGAUUCUGCGUCACCACCUGGGCGGAGCCGUUCUGCUCCUGACGACAUCAAUCCGGCACCUGCCAACAUGGAAGGUGGCGACGGCGGCGUCGCUGUGGCUGGCCUCGGAGCUCGAGGCUCUGGAGCGGCUGCAGCGACAGUCCGGGAACUUCUGCAGGACGAGUGUUAUAGUGACUUUUUAAAUGAAGACUUUGAUGUAAAGACUUAUACUUCUCAAUCUAUUCAUCAAGCUGUAAUUGCUGAACAACUAGCAAAACUUGCCCAAGGAAUCAGUCAGUUGGACAAAGAACUACACUUACAGGUUGUUGCAAGACAUGAAGAUUUACUGGCACAAGCAACUGGGAUUGAGUCGUUGGAAGGUGUUCUUCAGAUGAUGCAGACGAGAAUUGGGGCUUUACAGGGAGCUGUCGAUAGGAUAAAGGCAAAAAUUGUUGAACCAUACAAUAAGAUAGUUGCCCGUACUGCACAACUAGCAAGACUUCAGGUUGCCUGUGAUUUGCUUCGGAGGAUUAUUCGGAUCUUGAAUCUCAGUAAGAGACUCCAAGGACAACUGCAAGGGGGAAGUAGAGAGAUAACAAAAGCUGCCCAGAGUCUCAAUGAACUUGAUUAUCUUUCUCAAGGAAUAGAUCUUUCUGGAAUAGAAGUGAUAGAAAAUGAUCUACUUUUUAUUGCAAGAGCCCGACUUGAAGUGGAAAAUCAAGCUAAGCGCCUACUAGAGCAGGGUUUGGAGACUCAGAAUCCAACUCAAGUCGGAACAGCUCUUCAGGUUUUCUAUAAUCUUGGAACUUUGAAGGAUACUAUUACCAGUGUUGUGGAUGGAUAUUGUGCUACUUUAGAAGAAAAUAUCAACAGUGCAUUAGACAUAAAAGUUUUGACUCAGCCUUCCCAGUCAGCUGUGAGAGGGGGACCUGGACGAUCUACCAUGCCAACCCCAGGAAAUACUGCAGCUUUGCGUGCUUCACUCUGGACCAAUAUGGAGAAACUUAUGGAUCAUAUUUAUGCUGUUUGUGGACAGGUACAACAUCUACAAAAAGUAUUGGCCAAGAAGAGAGAUCCUGUUUCUCACAUUUGUUUCAUUGAAGAAAUAGUUAAGGAUGGACAACCUGAAAUUUUCUACACAUUUUGGAAUUCAGUUACUCAGGCACUUUCUUCUCAAUUUCAUAUGGCAACAAACUCUUCUAUGUUUUUGAAGCAGGCAUUUGAAGGAGAAUACCCCAAAUUAUUACGUCUUUAUAAUGACUUAUGGAAGCGUCUUCAACAGUACAGUCAGAAUAUCCAAGGGAAUUUUAAUGCAAGUGGAACUACAGACCUCUAUGUUGACCUACAACACGUGGAAGAUGAUGCACAAGAUACAUUCAUACCAAAAAAGCCAGAUUAUGAUCCAGAAAAGGCUUUGAAAGACUCACUACAACCCUAUGAGGCUGCUUAUCUAUCAAAAUCCUUAUCUCGACUCUUCGAUCCUAUCAACUUGGUUUUUCCCCCGGGUGGUCGUAAUCCUCCUUCCUCUGAUGAACUUGAUGGUAUUAUUAAAACUAUAGCAAGUGAACUAAAUGUUGCUGCUGUUGAUACAAACCUCACAUUAGCUGUGUCAAAAAACGUGGCAAAGACCAUCCAGUUAUACAGUGUAAAAUCAGAGCAGCUUCUCUCCACACAAGGAGAUGCAAGUCAGGUGAUUGGGCCUCUUACUGAAGGACAGAGAAGAAAUGUGGCAGUAGUGAAUUCAUUGUAUAAGUUGCACCAAUCAGUAACAAAGGUUGUUUCCAGUCAGAGCUCAUUCCCACUGGCAGCUGAGCAAACUAUAAUUUCAGCUCUAAAGGCUAUUCAUGCUCUUAUGGAAAAUGCUGUGCAACCCUUACUCACUUCUGUGGGAGAUGCUAUAGAGGCCAUAAUCAUCACCAUGCAUCAAGAAGACUUUUCUGGGUCAUUAUCCAGCUCAGGAAAACCUGAUGUUCCUUGUUCUCUGUACAUGAAGGAGCUACAAGGUUUCAUUGCCAGAGUUAUGAGUGACUAUUUUAAACACUUUGAAUGCUUGGAUUUUGUCUUUGACAACACUGAGGCUAUUGCCCAAAGAGCUGUUGAACUUUUCAUCCGCCAUGCCAGUCUCGUAAGACCUCUUGGUGAAGGUGGGAAAAUGCGACUUGCUGCUGAUUUUGCACAGAUGGAGUUGGCUGUGGGUCCAUUCUGUAGACGAGUAUCUGAUUUAGGAAAGUCCUAUCGGAUGCUGAGAUCAUUCAGACCUCUGCUCUUCCAGGCAAGUGAACAUGUAGCCAAUAGUCCUGCGUUGGGGGAUGUGAUUCCGUUCAGCAUCAUUAUUCAGUUUUUGUUCACGAGAGCACCCGCUGAGCUGAAAUCUCCUUUCCAGAGGGCAGAGUGGUCCCACGCACGCUUCUCUCAGUGGCUGGAUGACCAUCCAUCUGAAAAGGACAGGCUCCUCCUCAUCAGGGGAGCCCUGGAAGCUUAUGUUCAAUCAGUGAGAAGUCGAGAAGGCAAAGAAUUUGCACCAGUUUAUCCCAUAAUGGUUCAGCUGCUUCAAAAGGCUAUGUCUGCUCUUCAGUAAUGAUAUCUUUGUUCAUCUCCACUUUGUGCUAACCCAUUCAUAGUUGGCAGUUAAACACAUACUCCAAAAGACAGCUACUAUCUACUAUUUUAAGAAUGUAAUUGAUCUGUAUUUCCUAUAGACGUUUACCUCUUUAGCACUUAUACUUUAGCAUAAAAAUGUUGAGUCAUCACAACCUUUUAAUUCCAUGGACCUGAUUUUUCCAGAAAGAUGUUUUCCUCUUUAAGAUUUUUGUACAAGGCUAAAAUUUCUUUCCCAUCCAUAACCAAGUCCUCCUAUGGGUACUCAAGUUAUAUAAUAUGUACCCUGCUUCCCCCAACCCUGCCUUCUUCACUAAAUGGGCAUGUAGCUCAGUGGUUUCCAAAUUUGGCUGCACAUUCAUAGCACCAGGGGAUUUUUUUUUAAAUCCUGAUGCCCAACUUGCACUCCAUAUUAAUUAACAUGUCUAGGAGUGGGAGCCUGACACCAGUAUUUAAAAAAAAAAAAAAAUCCCCAAAAUGAUUCUAAUAGACAACAAAGUUGAGGAACCACUGGCACAUCCCCAAGCUAAGAUACAAGGUUAAAUGGCCUUGUUUAAGUAUGUCAUACUGGAUCUUUCUUUAAAUAAAGCAAGGCUUUUGUUAUACGUAGUCAUGUUAUUAAAAGAAGACCUUUGGGCUGUUUAACCUUGUAACAAAGAUGCCACAUGAAAAAUAAAAAUUUUUAUUCUAUAGCAAUUCUCUAUAAAUAGUAGAUAAUCUAAGUCCUUAUUUUCUGAUGGCUCUUGUUCCACUAUUAACAUUUUUGUUUUUAAUUUUUAAAAUCCCAUCAUCAGCAGCCUCCUAAUUAGCAGUGUUAGGAAUUUGCCUUAUGUUUUCCAUCUCCUGAACCUGUUAUUCUGAGAACUCAUAAAUAAAAUUCAGCCAAGAUUAAUCAGUA